CGCCCCAGAUAGAUGAGGCAGAUAUAUAGCCAGGACCUGCGGGUAGCAGAGGAGCUGUGAGACAGAGAUAAUCGCACUUGUUCACCCCAAGGGUUACCUGUGACACCCUCGCAAUGACAAGAGGGCCCAGCGAAAAGGGGCCUCGCAAAGGGAGUUCGGAUGACACCCCAGUCGGCGAUUUGUAAAACUUCCCGAGAGUCUGCUGCUCUUUGAUGCUUUUCGUCAUUUUUGGACUUCCUUUGGAGUUACCUGGGCUGCGAUCGACCGGAGGACAAGCGACCGAGUUAUUAAUCAGCCCCACAGAUCGUUGCAUGAACCUGAGAGCUGGGCCGCAAUGAGUCGGAGAACACGACGCUGGAUUUUAAGAGUUUUACUUUGUUUAGGGAUUGUUUACUUGAAAAUUGGUGGCUUCUCGUCGGUGGUGGCCCUAGGUGCGAGUAUAAUCUGUAACAAGAUCCCCGGUUUGGCCCCUAGACAACGGAUUAUCUGCCAGAGUCGCCCCGAUGCCAUUAUCGUCAUCGGAGAGGGAGCCCAAAUGGGCAUCAACGAGUGUCAGUUUCAGUUUAAAAACGGGCGCUGGAACUGCUCUGCGCUUGGAGAGAGGACCGUCUUCGGAAAAGAGUUGAAAGUGGGCAGUAAAGAGGCUGCGUUCACCUACGCCAUCAUUGCAGCGGGGGUGGCCCAUGCCAUUACAGCCGCCUGUACGCAGGGUAACCUGAGUGACUGUAGCUGCGACAAAGAGAAGCAGGGUUUCUACAGCAAAGACCAAGGAUGGAAGUGGGGAGGCUGCUCGGCAGAUAUCAGCUACGGCCUGGGAUUCUCCAAAGUAUUUAUUGACGCCCGGGAGGUCAAGCAGAACGCAAGGACACUCAUGAACCUCCAUAAUAAUGAGGUGGGACGCAAGGUCCUGGAGAAGAACAUGCGACUGGAAUGCAAGUGUCAUGGCGUCUCAGGCUCCUGCACCACCAAAACCUGCUGGACUACACUUCCCAAGUUCCGCGAGCUUGGCUACAUUCUCAAGGAGAAAUAUGCCCAUGCAGUGCACGUGGAACCAGUCAAAGCCAGCCGCAACAAGCGCCCUAAAUUCCUGAAGAUCAAGAAGCCUUACUCUUACCGGAAGCCCAUGGAUACAGACCUGGUGUACAUAGACAAGUCACCUAACUACUGUGAGGCGGACCCUGUGACGGGGAGCUUGGGGACACAGGGGAGGGUGUGUAACAAGACAAUGAUGCAGCACAUCAGCGGCUGCGACCUGAUGUGCUGCGGCCGGGGGUACAACACACACCAGUACUCCCGCGUCUGGCAGUGCAACUGCAAGUUCCUGUGGUGCUGCUACGUUAAGUGCAACACCUGCAGCGAGAGGACAGAGGUGUACACAUGCAAAUGAGAAUAUUUAUUGGACGGUGUGUGCGCGUGAUGAUGUGUGCGAGUGUUCAUGUUGUUGUGUCUUCUCGGGCAAACCCCACACGAAGGCUGUCCCUGCAGGCUUUUCACACGUAAUGAGGAACCACUAGUAAGCUGAAGACGGGACGUCGUGAUUCUUUUGCACACAAAGCUCUUCGCCCCUCUUCGCGGACUUGUCCGUCGGGAUGCAGUGCCGUGGUGGUGCGACAAAACGCUGUUAAAGGAUAAAACUGGGGCCCGGCACACGCGACCAGGUGACCACGGUGUGAGUCACCGAGGCGAAAUGUCAAGACUUUAAGCUAAAUGGACACACACUGACAGUCUGGCUGCUUUGGACUUCCCCAACGCAAAUGAAUUAUGGUGGAUGUGAUGCUGGGCAGGACACACUGCUGUAAUUCUUGCCCCCCUGUGCACAGAUGAAAUGACACAUUCAUUUGGAAUAUUUAACACACUGUAUUUAGAGAAUGGAAAUAAUUAAUAUUAAUUUAUUCUAUAAAGAACUACUGAUUUUGUCCAUUAUGGAUCAAAAAUAACUAAAUGUGAUGAGGUUUUAGUUUAUUAAAGCGACCAAAACAUGUCCAAGGUUAACACACUGGAUUUGCCUGGAAUAUUGUGUCAUGUUGUAGAAUAAUGCUAUUCCAGAUGAAACUGCUGUAGGCUACUCAAAUUGACCUUCAUUUUGUUUGUCUUCCCUCUGUUUGCUGCUAGUCUAGAAAAUCCCACUUGUUGAGGUAGAAGGCUGCACGCUGUACUGACUGUCUUCACCUUGAGCCAAUUCAGCUUAACUGGAAUCACUGGCCGGUCAAAAAAAAACAUGGGCACAUUUUCCACGUUUGGUAAAUAUUGGUUAAUAGAGUAUAUUUUGUAAAAGCCUAUUUUUGUAUGAAUGUUUUAUUUAUAUCUUUUGCAUAUUCGAUGUCACGUUUUGGACCCUGACCUGAUCUGUUUUUAAACCCCUGUGGAGAAAAAAAAAAAAAGCUGAUAUAUGUUAAGUUGGCCCCAGUUGUCACUGCCAUAGUUGUAUAUUGUAAGUGAUAGAGACUGUUUAUAUGUGUCUGUGUUCAAACAUCUGUGUUUACUGCGUUUCAUGACUACUACUGAUGGAAUACAGGAACAGAAUAACACUAA